AUGGAAGGACUUCAGUCUCGGCCAGAUCUGGUUAUUUCCAUUGAUUUUGGGAUGACAUGUACUGGUGUCGCGUAUUGUAAUGUAGCGACUGGAUCUGAUAGUGUUCGGCAUAUUCAGCGGUGGCCAGGAAGGACACAGGCAAACGAGAACAAAGUGCCAACAUUGCUCGUAUACCCACAAGACUCAGCAACGCCGUCAUCAUGGGGUUUUCUAGCCGAAACCGCACAGGAAGCUAGUGGUGCUGGGUACGAGAGUCGGGAGUGGUUCAAAAUUAUGCUGGAUGAAGACCUGCUAGAACAGAUGCGGAGAAAGUCCAGUGAGCCUAACAAAGUACCACACAUACAUGAAGUAGAGAAAUGGUACACUGAUUACUUUCGAUACCUAUACCGUACCAUUGAAGCACGACUACGAGGGGAGCUCGCGAGCCGAUGGGAAGACGCGAAAAUCGAGUUCAUCUUCUCGGUACCUACGACUUGGAAGCCGAUACCGACUGUAGAGCGAUUCAGGAAGACAAUCUCGGCCGCUGGAUUCGGCUCAUGCGCCAACCACACAGCAUCGAUUGGGUUGACAGAAGCAGAGGCAGCUGCAGUGCACACAGCGCGCAGCAUGCCAGGUAUCUUCAAGGAGAAUGAGAUACUCUUCGUGUGCGACAUAGGCGGAGGUACAACAGAUCUAUCAGUCUUUCGCGUGAAGAAUAUACACGGUAGCUCUCUGAGUCUUGAGCAGAUCGAUGUAGUUUUCGGAGCCACUAUCGGAGCCGCGCAACUCGACAGUUUGUUCGAGAAAGAGGUGCUGCAGCGACUACAGCAUGCAGACCGCCUGCAGCCAAUGGGACUAAAUGAUAUCAAUCAAGCUGCAUGGGAGAUGCGAAUCUCGAAGGAAUAUCAAAACGCAAAGUGUGACUAUGGUUCGGAGGAGUCUCUAAUGGACACCGAGACUUUCGCAGUGCGGAUACCUAAACUCGACAGAGGUUACGUAAACCGGGAUUAUGCCAUCAGCGACGGGGACAUGUACUUUCGAAGAGACGACUUGAAAGGUUUUUUCGACACUCAGGUAUCGAAACUGUUUGACAUGAUGGACAAACAGCUCUCUCGUGUCCGGCAGAAACAUCCGGCCGAACAAGUGUCUCAUCUCGUCCUCAGUGGAGGUCUCGGUAACUCUGCCUACGUCCAACAUUGUUUACGAAGCCGAUACGCAUCUGGUAAUACACCACACUCUAAUGCACACAAUAUGCAGAUCCGCAUUGCUCCUGAUCCUCAACUAGUUGUCUGCAAGGGCAACGUGGCCGAUCGCGUUCAGAAACUCAAGACUGGACAGUCGGUUCUUGGAUGGCGAUGUAGCCGCGCAUCUUACGGUACUAUGUGUAAGAUAUUGUACGAUCCUUACGACCCCGCGCAUCAAGGAAGCAAGACGGAAGUGGAUCCUUUGGACAAGAAAACGUAUAUCAUGAACUGUAUCGACUGGUUCAUCAAGCAGGGCGAACCCGUAUCAAGCGAUCAUCCGAUAGUCAAGAGCUUUCAACGAAAGUGCCCGCCAGCCACGUCCAAGAAUCCCAAUCCGCCAAGGAUCUACCCUACGGAGGUGAUUUGUACUGAAGUCGACAGAUCUCAACUUCCGAUAGUGAUGAACAACGCGUGUCGUUCGAUCUGCAAGAUCGAGUCAGACUUCUCAUCCCUCCCACUUUCCCUCUUCAAACUGAAGAACCGACACUGGUGGAACUCCGGCCCGAAAUACCAUCGCAUCAACUACAUCGUCAAAGUAAAUCUGGGUGCCGCCGAUGUGUCUUUCGAACUAUGGCACAAUGGCGUCAAGUUGUCGAAAGAUAACUCUAUCAAGGUCGAAUGGCAAGCGAGUGGGCCACCUGAUCCGAAUACGAUGGCUGUUGCUCCCGACUUCCCGAUGAAUAGCCUGCCGGCAGUAUCAAGUUACGGUGUGGCUCAUGAUCGUGCGAGGGGAGCAAACCGCGAUAGUAGUGGUAGAGUGGGGAUGAACUGGAUGAGAUGGGAUAACAAGAGCGGUGUUCGAGCUCAAGUGAUGCCCGCACAGCAAAAUCGGCCAAGGGUGUGGUAG